AUGACUAAAAAAUACAAGUUCCUUGCAUAUGAGGGUUCGUCUACAAUAAAUCCUCCUGACCCUAAUGUACCUAUUAACUUCAAUUUAAAUGUAAAAAUUGACGAUGAAGAACUUGUUUUUCGCUCAAAUCAUAAAUUCAACGUUGAUAUAAUUGAAUUAUUGACUCCCUCUAAAAAUCCAAGGAUUGUUAAAAAAAGAACUGGAAAACACACAAAGCCGCCAAAUUCCUUCAUUAUAUAUAUGAGAGAUAAUUAUAAUCUACCAGAAUUUGAUAAAAUGGAAGCUAAACAUAGAUUGCCAAAAAUCAGGGAUCGUUGGAAACGUGAACCGAAAGAAAAAAAAGAAUUGUAUGAAGCUUGUGCUAGAAUAGCGAAGAAUUGGUAUGACAAAGGAGCAGUAAAUUAUGAAGAAAACGGGUCAUCAUCGCCUAACUCUCCGAUUACAUCCACGCCUCCUCCAUCAAACUCUCUGGAUAUAUAUUCAACUUCUCCGUCUAACUCUCCGGUUACGUCUAUGCCCUUUCUAUCAAACGAAACAUCAUCCCCUUUUCCGUCAAACUCUCCGGCGAUGCCUUCGCCUUCUCUAUCAUAUUCUCUUAAUACAUCAUCCCCUUUUCCGUCUAACUCUUCUCCGGUCACGUCUAUGCUCUCUCUAUCAACCGAAACAUCAUCACCUUUUCCGUCAAACUCUCCGGCGAUAUCUUCGCCUUCUCUAUCAUAUUUUCUUAAUACACCAUCCCCUUUUCCAUCAAACUCUCCGGCGAUAUCUUCGCCUUCUUCACUUAUCACUCCGACUACAUCAUCAUCAUUUUUGGAAUCACAAGAACUAUUUUCAUGUAAUGCAGGAUUUGAUGACAAUAAUAUACAAUCGGGUUUAACUGAGUUUUCUUCCACCAAUUAUUCGUCUAUUUCAACAAACUUUCCUACACCAUCCGCUUAUGAUUAUGAUCAAAUCAAUAAUGUUAAUUGCAACAUGGAUCAAAUCAAUAACGCGCAACAAUACAAUUAUCUUAAUACGUCAGAUCAUAAUUUUCUAAAUACAAACGAAGUAUCAAAUAUGGCAGAUUAUGAACCAUUACAAGAUUCAGAUUACGAAUAUGUCUUAUUAGCUAUUCCUAGAAAUCAAGGAUUAGCUUACAGACCAAAACUUAAUGAAAGUAAUAAUAAUUUAUACUUAUUCACAGAAACCUAUCAAAAACAUACCGAAAGUAAUAAUUUUUACACCGUCGUCGAGGAAGGUUGUGGCUACGCUCCCCAGGGCACAUGUGCCUCCCUACCUCUCCCCUACGGGACAAACAUACCAGGAUAA